UAAACUUGUAAACCGGAACAUUUUCAGAGGAAUUGUCACAUAAUGUAAAAAUUUAAAGAGAAAUAUUGAAGUAAUCAUUUUUUUUUUUGGGAGACUGGAAAAUGUGUAUAUGACAAUUUCGAUUUUUCCUAUUUGGGGGUGAAGUUUUUCUUUUUUUGAAAACCCUUGUGCAAUUAAAUUUACUUUAAAAAUAAUGUGAAAUUUAUAUAUGAAGACUUACAUAAAUGGCAAUGGGGCGCUUCGGAUAAAAGUUUAAAUAAAAACAAAAUUUUCGAUUCAUUUUUCUUUGUAAAAAAAUUCGAUUAUAAAUGAUGGCUCGAAAGGCAGACGGAGGCCGAGCGAUAAGUGUCUCGGUUGUCGGACUUUCGGGCUCUGAACGUGAUAAAGGUCAUACGGGCGCUGGGAAAUCAUGUCUUUGUAAUCGUUUUAUUCGAUCCAGUGCCGAUGAUUACAGUGUCGAUCAUAUAUCAGUUUUAAGUCAGACUGAUUUCAGUGGCAGAGUCGUUAAUAAUGACCAUUUUUUAUAUUGGGGUGAAGUUAGUAAGAAUUGUGAGGAGGGCGGUGAUUAUACGUUUCAAGUUAUUGAGCAAACUGAGUUUUUAGAUGAUGCAUCGUUUCAACCAUUCAAGGGUGGUAAAAUGGAACCGUAUGUAAAACGGUGUGCAUCGACUAAAAUCACAUCCGCCGAAAAGUUAAUGUACAUUUGUAAAAAUCAAUUAGGAAUUGAAAAAGAGUACGAACAAAAAGUAUUACCCGAUGGUAAAUUAAACAUAGACGGUUUUAUAUGUGUAUUCGAUGUAAGUGUUGUGCCAAGUCGUACCUUAGAAAAACAAGUAGAAAUGAUCACCACCAUUUUAAAUAAUUUACUAAAAACUAAAAAACCAGUUGUGUUAGUUACAACAAAAAAUGAUGACGCCAAUGAAAUGUACGUCCGUGAAGCCGAAAAACUAGUCCAAAGAAAAGAGUACAAGGGUGCACUACAAAUGGUUGAGACAUCCGCGCAUGAAAAUGUCAACGUAGAUUUAGCAUUCCUAUUGUUAGCACAAAUUAUUGAUCGGAGUAAAGUACGUGCGAAAAUUGUACCGUAUUGUGAGGCAUACCGUAUGCGUAAGGAAUUAAUGGAUGCGGCUACGGAAACGUUUACACGAUUAAUACGUGCGUAUGUGACGGAACCACGUACGUUGUGGGCACAUGCGUCCAAAAAACUUGCAACGCACAAAGAUUGGGUGUAUUUUGUACAGUUGUUUGGAAUGGAUGGUACUCAGAAAUUAUUUAGGAGACAUAUUAAAAAAUUGAAAGACGAACAAUUACAAAGACGUGUUGCCAAUUAUAUGGAAUUAUUGCCGGAUGUUUUAUCGGAGUUAAUUCCUGAUGUUAAUCAAUUGGCUGACAGUGAUUGGUCAGCUGUGCAACAAUAUUUAAAAAUGCACCCACAUUUUAGUCAAUACUUUUUUGAAUGUGAAGAUGGACUGUCGUGGACCGAUUUAGAACCAGGUGAUCCUGGUGCCGAUGAUACACGAAUACCAUUCGAAGUAUUAGAUACAACCGAAGCCGAAACUGUUUAUAGAAAUCAUGUGAAUGCAUUACAACAAGAACAAAAACGAUUAGAGAUGCCAAAGAGAUGGAUGAAACAAUUCAGGCAGCUAUUAAAAGAUACUGGUUACGUGACACCAGGCAAACAAUUAUCAGAAGUGCGUGUACUGUUUAUGGGUCGGGAAUGUUUCGAAGCGUUAUCGGAGCAUGAUUGUCAACAAAUAUACGAUGAACAUCAACGUGAACUUAUCGAUAAUGCCAAACAUAAUUUUCAAGAGCUGUUGUUGGAACAUGCCGAUUUGUUUUAUCAUUUUAAAAGUAUAUCUCCUACUGGAACAAUUACGCAGGAAGAUAUUAAGGAAAUCACUGAUGUGUUGCAGGAUGAUUUUAGAUAUAAAUUACUAGAUAGGUUAGAUCAAGAUAGAAAGUUAAUGUUAUUUCAACAUUUGGGCUUUGUACAUUGUCCAAUUAAAGAACAUUGUCCAGCAUAUCCAAAUUGUAUGGAUGCAUUAAUUGAACGAAUAUUAUCAACAAAAGCGCAUCGACCUUCAUGGAAUGCUUCAAAUCAAUGCUUAUUAGGUUCCGAUAAUAAUCAAUUAUAUUUAGUUAUACUUGGAAGCAGUGGACUUGCUGAAGAUUUAGCUGCCAAAAUACAAGCUCAAUGUGAAGACGACGAAUACGAAAUCAACGGACAAAUGUACACAUUAGACUAUCGAAUAAUAAGCGGCGAUCUAAGUCAAUCGUACAAUUCAUUUCGUACAGCCGAUUUCACACCCCAGGGCAGUUUUUGCGUGUAUUCAAACGCUGAAUCAUUUGAAUAUGUACGCGAAUGCUUGGAGAAAACAUUAUUAUCAAAUUUAGAACAAGAUGAUAAAUUACCAUUUCAAGGUCUUCCAAUUGUUCUUAUGUUUAUGCAAGAUUUAACAAUUGAUGAGAAAGAUGUCCUUAAAUUACGUGAAGAUGGACAAAAUUUAGCGGAUAGUUUACAAUGCCCGUUUAUGGAUGUUAGCAUGGAUAAAAUAUCGUCAGAGCAACUAGUAGCCGAUGCAUUACGACAACUAUUGCAUAGUAUUAAUUAUCGGGCGGGAUUUUUAAAUAUUUAUCAACCGGUUAUUGAAUGUUUUGAACCGGACAUCAGAAUAAUUAUGUGUAUGUUUUGUGGUGAUCCAUAUUCCGUGGAAAAUGUGUUAUCGCCAUUGUUAUCACAUCAAUCAUGUUUCUUAUCAGCGGAACGUUCAAUUGUUUUAGAAACAUUUCUAGGGGAUUCAAAACGUAAAGUUGAAGUUAUUAUUAGUUCGUUUCAUGGUGCGAACGCAUUUCGUGAUGAAUUAGUACAUGGUUUUAUUCUAGUUUAUUCAACGAAACGAAAAGCAUCUUUAGCGACAUUAAAUGCUUUUUCAAUGAAUAUUCCAAAUCUUCCAAUACAAAUAAUGGCCGUUACAGAUAGUGGUGGAGCAAAUGCAUUUUUCAAUAGUGAUCUAAGUCAUUUAUUAAUAACAGAAGGUAAUGCAACAGCUGAUCGACUUCAUGCACAUUUUAUGACAUCGUCUGCAAAUACUCAACAAAAAACAGCAUUUUAUACACCAUUUUUUAAAGAAGUAUGGGAGAAAAAGCCUGAAAUUGAACAAGCAUUUCAUAUGGAAGAGCCGCCUAGUCUUUGUGGAGAUGGUGGUCAACCGUUACCACCUCCACGACAUGAAAGUUAUAAUUUAAAAGUCAAUAAUGGAAGUGACGUAGAUAGUUAUGAAAUAAAUGGUCCAGAUGAAAGACUUAGUUCCAGUGAUCAUAGUGAUAAAUUCCCUCCUCAUAUGUUUAUGUACAACGACUUAAUUGAUAAAAAUAGAAUAACACAAGGUUUUCAUGUAUACCCACCCCCUAAUACUCCGCCAGAACCUGCACCACCCGAUCAUCCAUUUGGGUUAGGUUUAGCGUCUGGUCGAGUUGAUACUUCAAGAACGGCAUUAAUGUCCGCAUCACAAACAAGUCUUGAUGAAAUCACGUCGGAUAUAAGCGGAUCACGUGAUUCAGUUGCUACACACGAUUCAGAUGGUGAAGUUGAAGGAGCAUCUCCAGCGACAGAACCAUGGUUAAAAGGUUUUCAACAUGGUCAACAUGCAUUUACGACUGGGAGAACUCGUCAUUUACCUCAACCAAAAACACGACCAAAGGGAACUUCUCAAACAUUAAAGCAACCAGGAAAACUAAAUAUGAAAAAUUUUACGGGUGUGGAGGAAGCAAUUGAACGUAUGAAUGUCCAUGGUAAAGAUCAAAAGUCAUCGUUUGGACAUGCGCCACUUGCAACUCCAGAAAAUGUUGAUUUAGAGUAUUCACAAGUCAAAGAUCGAAUGUAUCACAUGGAUUCCGAAUACAUGUAUACAUUAGUACAUGAUUCAAUAAGUGGGAAAUCGAAAUUUCGACAAAGGCGAGAAAAGGAUCGUACGUCCAAUGUUGUAGCAGGCUAUUCCGAUACGGAUAGCGAAUGGAGUUCAUUGGAACGACGUCAAAGAGCUGCUGAUAUCUAUUCGAAAGUGAGUCGAAAAUCUACGACGUAUAAGCGAGCUCGAAAGAAAAAAACAGCUAUACCUGUUCAACCUCCACGAGUACCACCGUUAUCAGGUUCGAUACCAGUGGCUCCACCUAUAGUACCUCUAUCAGCAAAUACUGACACUACUACAAAUGCAGGCAGUGGUUCAAAUUCAGAUUCUAGUGAGUAUAGUGAACAAGAAAUAGCCAGACAUCGGUUACAAAAGAGGCCUUCAAGUCUUAAAAAACGUAGUCCAAUACCAGUUGCUUUACCAUAUCCGCCAAAUACAAAUUUUAAUAUUCAAUUAAAUUCGCCAGAUAUGUUUAAUAAGCAAAAUUCUUAUGGAAAUGUUCACGAUGACGAAUCUGGUUUGGAAGUUUCGUCACCGAGGGAUAAUUCACCGCUGGUAAGUUUAAAAGGCAGUGAUAAAUUAACACGUAAAAAGGAAAAACAAAAAUCAAAAGAUGAUGAAAAAUUAGAGAAACGAAGACUAAAAGAAGAGAAAAUGCGUAAAGUUGCUGAUAAAGAACGUGAACGUGAUAAGAAAAAACAAAAGCAACCAAAACAAAAAACAAAUUCUGAUAUCAGUUCAAAUCAAGCCAUUAAAAUAUCCGAUUUUGUUCAGUCGGACAAUUUGGUUCCAUUAUUUUUGGAAAAAUGUGUUAACUUUAUUGAAAGUGAAGGUUUAGAUUCAGAAGGUAUUUAUAGAGUUCCUGGUAAUCGAGCCCAUGUGGAUUUGUUAUUUCAGAAGUUUGAAGAAGAUUGUAAUGUAAAUAUUCACGAAUUGGAUAUUCCUGUAAAUGCCGUAGCAACAGCUUUAAAAGAUUUUUUUUCCAAACGAUUGCCGCCUUUAUUUGAAGAAGAUAUUAUGAGUGAAUUAGAGGAUAUUGCUGGUACCAGAGGUAUAAAACCCUUAUCAGCGUCAUUAGAAGUGAAAACUGAUCGAAGUUGUCGACUUUUAGCAUUACGUACAAUGUUGACAAAACUUCCACAAUCAAAUUUUCAAGUUUUGAAAUUUAUUUUCCAACAUUUUGUUAGAGUUGCUGAAAAUUCAAAACUAAACAGUAUGGACAGUAAAAAUUUGGCAAUAUGUUGGUGGCCUACACUACUUCCAAUUGAAUUCAGUGAUAUGGGUUGUUUUGAACAAAUGCGACCAUAUUUAGAAGAUAUUGUCCAAACAAUGAUCGAUCAGUAUCCGUUCCUAUUUUGUGGAAAAGAAGCAUUUGUAAUGGUGUGAUCUAUUUAAAAAUAUAUAUAUAUAUAUAUUCAGAUGAUAACAAACAGCAGCAAUUGUUACCAACCAAACAAAAAUUAAAAUUAUUUAUUUACUACCGUCACACUUACAUAAAUACACACCCACACAGAAAUCAAAAAAAAAAGGUAAAAAAAUAUGGCUACUAAGUAAAAAAUAAUUGUUUGUGUUUUAUAAUUUAAGUAAAGUAAUCCCAAACUUGUGGGAUUUGAGACUGAUUGAGAUUAUGACAGAGGUUUCGAGUUUGUUGAGAGUGUGCAAUUUGCAAAAAAAAAAAAAUUAAAUU